AUGCCGUCGCGGGAAAAAACGCUCCUGUUCGCCGGCGCCUUCUGCACCAGCGCGGGCUCCUUCGUGCUGCUCUGCGUGGUCCUCGCCACGCGCUCCUGGGUCACCAGCGACAUCCGCUUCUCCCAAGCCAACUCCUCCGUGACCGUCACCGUCACCUACGGGCUCUUCCAGGGCACCUGCGAGCAGACGGUGACGGGCGGCCUGCAGAUCUCGGAGAGCCCCCUCCAAGUCACCGAGACGCUGAAAAACGCUGAAACAAGAGCCACGAACGUGGCCAUCAUCGUGUUGCUGGUCCUGGCGCUGCUGAGUUCCCUGCUGAGCGCCGGCUUCACGGGCAUGAAUGUCGUGAGCAAUCCCUACCAGACCUUCCUGGGACCCAUAGGUGUCUAUACCUGGAAUGUCAUCAAUGGGAUCCUCACGCUUCUAGUCCUGAUCCUUUUUGCGGUGAACAUAGAAAGGAACCGCCUCUCUGUAGAACUGGCUGAGGUUUGCUACACAAUUCCAACAACGUACAUGAAUUCGAAAAACACAUAUGGAUAUUCAUAUUGGAUCAUGCUGCUUAUCAUUUUCUUGAACAUUGCUACUAUUAUCAUCAUAUAUUUCUAUGACCACGCGAGGUAUUAUAAGAAGAAAGAACAGGAAAGACCCAUUGAAAAUGCACCAAAAGAUGUCAUUCUGUUUUAA